UAAGUGAAAUAUGAAACAGAGAAUCACCAUUUCUGCCUCAAGACGCAUGUAGAGAGGUGUAGAUUCAGGUUGGAGUGCAGUGGCGUGAUCACAGCUCUCUGCAGUCUUGCCUUCCUGGGCUCAAGCAAUCUUUCCCCACCAGCCACCACUCCCCAGUUUCCUGAGCUAGAGCUAGACUAUAGGCAUGUGCCACCACACCUGGAUGCUCUAAACGUCCCUGCCACCUGGUCCCGAUGGAGUCCUCAGGCAACCCAGAGAGCACCACCUUUUUUUACUAUGACCUUCAGAGCCAGCUGUGUGAGAAUGAGACCUGGGUCUUUGCUACAUUCGCCACCACCAUCCUGUACUGCCUGGUGUUCCUCCUCAGCCUAGUGGGCAACAGCUUGGUGCUGUGGGUCCUGGUGAAGUAUGAGAGCCUGGAGUCCCUCACCAACAUCUUCGUCCUCAACCUGUGUCUCUCAGACCUGGUGUUCGCCUGCUUGUUGCCUGUGUGGAUCUCCCCAUACUACUGGGGUUGGGUGCUGGGAGAUUUCCUCUGCAAGCUCCUCAAUAUGAUCUUCUCCAUCAGCCUCUACAGCAGCAUCUUCUUCCUGACCAUCAUGACCAUCCACCGUUACCUGUCCGUGGUGAGGCCCCUCUCCACCCUGCGUGUCCCCUCCCUCCGCUGCCGGGUGCUGGUGACCACAGCUGUGUGGGUAGCCAGUAUCCUGUCCUCCAUCCUCGACACCAUCUUCCACAAGGUGCUUCCUUGGGGCUGUGAUUAUGCCGAACUCACAUGGUACCUCACCUCGGUCUACCAGCACAACCUCUUCUUCCUGCUGUCACUGGGGAUUAUCCUGUUCUGCUACGUGGAGAUCCUCAGGACCCUGUUCCGCUCGCGCUCCAAGCGGCGUCACCGCACGGUCAAGCUCAUCUUCGCCAUCGUGAUGGCCUACUUCCUCAGCUGGGGUCCUUACAACCUCACCCUGUUUCUGCAGACACUGCUUAAGACCAGUGUCAUCCAGAGCUGUGAGGCCAUCCAGCAGCUGGAAUACGCCCUGCUCAUCUGCCGCAAUCUCGCCUUCUCCCACUGCUGCUUCAACCCGGUGCUCUACGUCUUCGUGGGGGUCAAGUUCCGCACGCACCUGAAACACGUCCUCCAGCAGUUCUGGUUCUGCCGGCUGCAGGCGCCCAGCCAACCCCUGGUGCUCAAGUCCCCUGGCGGGUCCGCCAAUGAGGGCGCCUCCUUCUACUGAG